AUGUUUCUUCAUGCUGAUGAUGCUACUUGCCCCCCCACUUCUGUCAGGUGUGUGAAAGAUGCCGUGUGCACGGUGACCGGCUCCACUGUCAUCGAUGUCGACGGUAAUGCUGCCUCCGUCCCGGAUCGCUGUGCGUACACUCUGCUGUCAGAAUCAGGCAUCAAGCUGCAGGCCGUCUUCCAGGACCGCCGUCGUAAAGAUAUUAGUUUUUUGGAUCAUGUGAUCCUGCAUCUGGAUAAAGAUGUUAACAUUCACCUGGGACAAGGUGGGAGGGUUACGCUGAAGGACAAAGAGCUGAGCCUCAGCAGCACACCUGUGAAGCAUCACGAUGUGGAGCUCACUAAGGACCAAACUGGGGUCACCGCCAAGCUGUUGAAGUCCAAAUACGGCACCUCUGUCUUCUUUGAUGGCUACACCGCACAGAUCCACAUGAAAGUACCAAGUGGAACCACCAUACAGGGUCUAUGUGGCAAGUCCAGUCAGACUCUGAGUGGAGUGAAGGUCUCUGAGUUAAGCUCUGACAGCUGUGAUAAAGCGCACACGGACGCUGUUGACAGUACGAUUGACUGCAAGGAAAUAACUAAACGCUGUGAACUCCUGAAGACGGCUCCCUUCGACUCCUGCCACAGCUCCAUCAAGCCUGAUCCCUACAUCAAAGCCUGCACCGACACUCUGUGCAAAUACCCGGCGGUGGACGGUCUCAAGUGCCAGUUCCUGGAGGCCUACGCCAAAGCCUGCAGCCUGGUCGGCAAGACAGUCAAGGACUGGGGGACACCGACCAGCUGCUCCUCUGCCAAGGCCUUCUGUCAGGACAAGUUCUGCAGUGCUCAUGAGUUCUGUGCUGAGGAUACCAGUGGUGGAACCAGCUGCCUCUGUCGGCCCAUUUUUGCCUCCAAAUACAGAACGGCAAAAACUUUUGGCGAGCCGACCGUCUGCGAUAAAAACUCUGCUUCAGUCAGUCUGGCUGGUUGUCUCAUGGAGGAAAAGAACAUCGACUACUCUGUCUUACACCUCAACGACAAGACAUGCAAAGGUCAGCGGGACGAAAAGACCCACAUGGUGACAUUCAGCUUCAACAGCGACACCUGUGGGACAGUGCUCACGGCCGAAAACAAACAACUUAAGUUCAAGAACGCCAUCCUUGCUCAGGACAGCUCUAGCUCCAAGAUCACUCGCCAUGAUGAAGUGAAAAUCGACUUCUCCUGCUUCUACAACCAGCCGGACGUCGAAACCAUGUCCUUCAAAAUCAAAGACAGCUCUGUGACCCAGGAGAUUGUAUCUGGACCUUGGGAAUACACUCUGACCAUGAAGGCCUACACUGACGCCAGCCGCACACAAGCUGUGUCAUCCAGCACUGAAAUCCUGCUGGAGCAGACCGUCUGGGUGGAGCUGAAGACGGUUGGGCUGGAUGACAAACUGGUCUCCGUGGUGACCGACUCCUGCUGGGCGACCAACGAGAAAUCAUCCAGUGCGAAGCUGAAAUACGACCUGAUCGUGAAAGGCUGUCCCAGCUCUGCUGACAAGACGGUAAAAGUGGAGGGCAACGGACUGGGAACGUCCAACUACUUCUCCUUCAACAUGUUCCAGUUCUCUGGGAAGGAUGGUGACGUCUACCUGCACUGCAAACUCAACCUGUGUGUGAAUAAGGGCAACACCUGCACCCCGAGCUGCGGUGGCGGUAAGAGAAGACGCAGAUCUGCCAGGAAUAGAUAUGUGGAUGUAAACCCAGCCUUCAUCACCAUGGCCUGGAGUUGUUUCCAUGGUAACUCGGACGGACCUACAGGCUUCGACCCUCAGCGUGAUUCCAGAUUUUGGCUUUACCCUCCUGAAAAGAUUUGCUCAGUUGUUGUUGCUAUGAAGCCAUGCUGGCACAGAGCUGUGAUAACCAAACACUGCUGA